UAAGAAGAAAUAAAACACAAACAAUAGGUGAAACUCAUAGUGAAAUGUAACAAUUUAGCAAUAUUGUCAAAAAAUGUCCCAAGAAGUACGCCGUCAAAAUUUUAUAGAGGGCAUAGGAAAUGAAGUUAUUAUUGGAUGUGGGGCAUGCAUAGUAACCUUACUAGGAAUGUGGACCUAUGUGAACUUAGUCAACCAUCGGCAAAGACUUGGUUCCAGAAUCCACCCUGACAGUGCCACAGACAUAGCCUCAACCAGGGAACAGCUGCAGCAUGAAGAACUUGACCGUCCAGCGACUGGUCAGAGCCAGAGGAGGGCCAACCAGCGUAACAAUGGAGAGCUCACGUGUCCCAUCUGUUUGGGGUCUGCCGUCUUUGCUGUUGAAACCAACUGUGGUCAUGUCUAUUGUGGACACUGUAUGGUCAUGUACUGGGAACAUCAAACCUGGCUGGGUGGUGUUAGGUGUCCGUCAUGCCGAACACAGGUUAAUUUGCUGCUGCUAAACUUUACAUCACAAGAGCACGCCACAGAGAGUGAGGAAAGGCGUGGGGUUAUAGAAAAGGUCAACCAGUACAAUAGGCGUUACUCUGGAGAGCCAAGAUCUAUUCAAGAAUACUUACAAGACCUACCCACAUUGCUUCGCUACGCCUUUCAUGAGUUUUUCAGUGUGGGUGGCCUGAUGUGGAUGUUUAGAUUUCGAAUAGUAAUUUUAAUUAUUGCUGCCUUUAUAUACUUAGUCUCCCCCCUAGACAUUCUGCCUGAAGCUGCGUUUGGUCUUAUAGGAUUUUUAGAUGACAUCUUCAUCCUUCUGCUCAUAGCUGUGUACAUCAGCAUUAUAUACAGGAACAUUGUGACCGGCAGGGGGGAUGCGUCAUAGUGCCGAUGUGUUCUGGUGCUAAGCUUGUUGCCUCGUUCGUUACCGCUGAACAUCGGAUUAUCCUUUGAUAAAAAAGAUUAUGGAGGAUUGAGGGUUUUUUUUUUUUAGUUUUUUUUUAGCUAAAUUGGAAAUUGGUAUAGAGAUUGUUUUAAUUAUUUGCUCGGUCCAUCCUCUUAGUGUAUAAUAAUAAUAAAAAAAAUAACUCAACUAUAAAAUAAACUGUGUACAUGAUUAAUGGAUAUGUUGUACACCAAACCAUGUAAAUAUCACAUGUACAAAAUAGUGUAAUAAUUAUUGUUUGUCUGUGAGAUGUAGUUUUAUUUUUGGUUUGUCCUUAACCUUAGUGUCUGCUUCACUUUAACUAAACUCAUGCUGCAUCUUUUACUUUGAAGUUUAAAAAAAUCCAUCUUUGGUUUAUUUUAGUUAAGACUGAAAAGUCUUGUAAAUUACCUCUCUACGUACAAACUCAAACUGUGUGAUUGUAGUUCAAUAUGCUUUUCUGUUUCAUUUACCUUUUUUUUUAACUAUUUUCUUUUAAUUUUUAACGUCUAUAUUGUGCAAAUUUAAGAAAAUAGAUACAUAUCCAUUUUUUAUAACAAAGCACUCAAGAAUAGAACCACUUGUACACAAGAUUUACUUUACUCUCUGUAACUUUAGUAAGAACUACUCACACUUUGACAUUUACCACAAUUUAUUCACACUGGUCCAUAUUUAUUACCAGUGCUUUACACAAUGAUUAGAAUAGCUUAUUUAGUUAAAUAUCACUUUAUGGUCUUCAGAUGAAAAGAUUUCCCAUACAGCUAAAAAUAUAUUUUGUAACAAAAGUAGUUGAAUAUGUUGAGUAUUUUAUCAAGCAAACAUCUCUUUACUUAAGGCUAUACUGAAUAUCUUUGAGUAUAUGUAGAACCUUAGUUUAUGUCUUAGUUUCAACUUAGGAUUUAAUUUCUGACUCUUAAAAAAGGAACCUGUCAUGCUGUUUACUCUGCUUCCCCUGUAACUGUCCUCCCUUGAUCAAAUUGUUGCCUUAAGUGUUUGACAGUUGUUUGCUAACUCAACAAAUGCAUCAGUAAUUUUUUACCCCUCCAUAUACAUGCUAAUACCAAGAUAUGACCCCUUUGUAUACGCUAAUACCACAUAAAGCCCACAAGUAAUGACCCCUGCAUACAUAUUCUGACAUAUACCACAUAAAGCCCACAAGUAAUGACCCCUGCAUGCAUAUUCUGACAUAUACCACAUAAAACCAACAAAUUAUGACACCCACUUCCCCCACAUCCGCAUACAUAUUCUAACAUAUACCACAUACGACCAAACCUCACAUGAGUAAUGACCCCUCUAUAUCCUCACUAACACAAACACAAAAUGAUCCCCUUCUAGUUGUCUUGUUCAAAUGGACAUCACAUUUGUGUUGCAAGUCAUGUUACUUGUACAGUAAGACAAUAUGUUUUUAAUAUCAGAUGGGAGAUAACUAGUUUUAAGCUUAGGUUGUAUGAAAUUGGUUUUCAAAGGGAGGUGAUACCUACAUUAAAAUUUAAAAAAUUAUUUAGUAGUUGUGUCCCAUGUUAAUUUGUCCCUAUUGUUAUUGGAGGAGAGGGGUGGGGUGAUACAAUUGCAAGUUAAAAUCCUGACUGUCGUAUGUUUCACUAUUUUCUACUCUCUGCCACAGUGUUUUCUCAAUUCAAUUAACACAAAAACUUGUCAUUUUAAAUGGAUUUUAAAAACGUAAUGCUUAUAUUUUAUCCAAUAAAUAACGCAGU